AUGCAGAGUCUGCUCAAGAUGUUUAAUUUAUCAAACGCCCCCACAGUUCCUCUCGGUGACGACGAGCUCAGUGCGGACGCCGACGAACCGCCGGACGAUCAAGUAUCCCCUCUGACCAUCGUCUCCACGCGAGAAGCCCUCUACCACCGCUCUAACGCUCCCCCGAACCCUCGCCGCGAAUCUCUCUUGACUCGUGCCAUUCUGGCGGAGUCCAAGCACGAAGAUGACCACGUGGCGUUGGCCGCCCGUGGGCUGUCGACAACGUCCUCUCACAGCACAGCCAGCAUGCCUUCGACCGCCGAGUUGACCAGUGACGGAGACACCAGCCAGUCACGGUCAGCGACCCCAAGUCCGCCACCUCCUUCAGCACGUUUCUCUCCCCUGCUUAACUUCAAGAAACCCGGUCCCAAAGUGGUCAUUGCGCCGAUAACAAAGGAUGAAGGGGAAGCAGCGGUUGAGAAGACAUUGGGUCGUAAACGCUGCAUCAUGUUUGCCUGCGGAGCCACGGAUUCUGAGAAAAGCAAAGACAGUGUGACACUAAACAAGCAAAAGCCAUCAGCUGAACAACCCGAGGUUCCCAAGCGAAAGUGUGCAAUUACCUUUGCUUGUCCCUCGCGAACAAGCGUGAACGAGACCAAAAACCCUCCCGCCAAGCUACGGGUUGAAUCAAAGAACACACGUCGCCCGUCUCCCGCUCCCUUCCGGCGCAAGUCCACUUCAGAGUCUGUCGACCUCUCUGGCCACUCUGUCGAUACAGCCAGGGUACCUAGUCCCGAGAAAGCGAGACCUGCGCCAUCCUCUCCAAAAGCGACCUUUCAUGAAUUUGCCGCAUCUCAGGAUGAGACCGACUCAUGGGUGGACAAGCCUGAUGUUCACAAGGAAAAACUCACCCUCGAUGAUUGUAUGAAAAAGGAAAACCGCAUCCGGCAAAUCGGUCGCGAAGCCGAAGAGGAGGCAGAAGAAGAAGAACGAGAACAGGAGGAGCUCGGAAACGCAUCUGAAGAUGAGGACAACGACAACGAAGACGACUUCGCUCCAUCCGAUGACGGCACCGAUGGUGGCAAUGAAUCGGACGAUGAAGGCGGUUUCGCCAGCUCGGAUGAAGAAAGCGACGGCGGCUCCGAAUAUGGAUUCUGGGCGCCUUCCAACACCCGCACAGUCACCGGCAGCGAGCAUGUCAACAUAAGUCAUUUUAGCGCCCGUCGACAAUCUGACGCCAGUUCUGUCGAGUCGUUGACCCGAUCCAGCACUCCGCCUCUCCAUUCAAUGAUGAAGCAGGUUGGAAAACGUCGCAACAAUGCUUUCAAAGUCUCGAAGAUGAGACCUGGCACACCGGAGUUGCCCGAUAGCACGGACUUUGUUUGUGGAACGCUCGACGAGGAUCGUCCAUUGGAGGCCGCAUACAUCUCUUGCCGCGAACAAAAGAAGCGAGAGAAGCACAUCCCCAUCCCACAGGACAUUGAUCCGAGCUUCCCAACGUCUGAUCCCGAAGACGACGGAGAAAACAGUGACGAGGAAGAGCUCAAUGAGUCGCACCAUAGCUCGGACGGCCCGCGAUGGCUUAAGGAUGGGUUUGCCGAUUUCGACGAGGAGCAUCAUGGACGCCGCAAGCCGUCGUUCACCAUGCCGAUCGCUCAUUCGCCCUCUCCGCCUCGUACCGCAUUUGGCGGAAGAGUCGGUCGCAGCACUCAUCGCUCGCCGCCGCCGAAGCAUGCAGUUGCACGGUCGCCGCCGGCCCGAAAAUUGUUUGGGCAUUCUCCCACCAGACUCAGGUCACCCUUUCCGGCAGCCAAGUUGCGUUCGCCGCGUGGCUCUCCGACAAAUGUUGGCAUCCCGACCAGGAUCAAUCUAAGGGGACUCGCUCAACGUCCGACAAUGGAGCGGACAGCGUCGCUACCAGACACUCCUAAUCCAUUUUUCAAAAACUUUCAUAUUGGCAGUCCUUCCAUUUCCAAUAUUGCAUCUGGGGCUGUCUCACCCGCUGCUGAGGAGCCUCCACGUCCGGACAUGCACGUUCGUGGUCCAGUCGACAUCGUCGCCGGGCUUGAAAAGAAACGUCAGAAGCGCAAAGAAAAAUACUGGCGUCAGCAUUGCCGCAAAGCGGCCAAGGAACAAGCUGAGCGCAAACCGGUCCCGGGUCGUGGAGCGGAAAGAAUGAAGGAGCUUGGUCUCGAAUGUGCCGAGCGAACAAAAGGCUAUGGCAUUGGACAGCAGACGCAGCUGGUGCUUUCACUUUGA